AUGUGUGUCAAAGAUACAAAGACAGCAAAAAGAGUUGUUUGGAUUAAUUAUGCAAUGAAUGUAGUGCUGCAAAUUCUAUUAGCAUGCGUUGGUUGUGUUAUCUAUGCAAAGUAUAGUCAAUGCGAUCCAAUUAAAGCUAAACUGAUUUCGAGAUCAGAUCAAUUGUAUCCUUUGUUUGUUAUACAAACAUUGGGACGAUUUCCUGGUUUCACUGGUAUUUUCAUAGCUAGUAUUUUGAGUGCAUCGUUAAGUACAAUUUCGAGUGGAGUCAAUAGUAUAGCAACAGUCAUUGUCGAAGAUAUCUAUAAACGAAUAUCAAUCGCACGCCCAAUGUCAAACGAACGCCAAGCGACGGUAUCUAAGGUCUUGUCGAUCGGAUUGGGUCUUUUCACCAUAUUUCUCGCAUUCAUCGUGUCUUAUAUGAAAACCAACAUUAUGACAAUAGUUUUACAAAUCUUCGGUGCCUUUACAGCUCCCAUCCUUGGUGUCUAUUUACUUGGAUUCUUUACAGCACGUGUUCAAAGUCGAAGUGCUCUUGUUGCUUUUACUCUCUGCCUGACAUUUCAAAUUUGGAUUGCUGUUGGAAGUACUGUCACUGUAAAACCGCCUAAUAAGCAAGGUGGAUUAUUGCCCACUUCAGUUGUUGGAUGUAUGCAAUCAGUGAAUAUCAGUGUACCGAUGUCAAAGAAUCAAAACUACAAUCCAUUGAUAUCACUCUACUCCAUAGCACCUACGUGGUUUGUUUUUAAUGGUGCCAUUAUCACUCUACUCCUUGGACUAAUCUUUAGCUUCAUUUGUGAUUCAAAAUAUCCAAAAAUAGUAGAUAAAUCAUUGGUAAUAACUCGAGAUGACAUAUUCUCGUGUUGUUCAUCAAGAAAAGAAGUUAUGAAACUAACAAUAGCACAGAAAUAUAAUGGAAUUUCAACGGAUAAUACAAUGAUCGAAAAGGAAUCCAUGCUUAAGACUUGA